AUGUUCUAUUGCUGCAGCGAACGAUCAUCUAACGUACGAUCAUUGGUCAGUUUCUACUACCUAGACAUCCGCUACAACUUGCUACACUACUCGGCCUACAUCGUCGUAGUCACUGUGCUGUCAGCCACCAGCUCAUUGUUGCUGUGCACCAAAGACGUGGUCGACUUCACUGCCGUCAAAUGUACGUCGAUGGUGUUCCGCAUAACGGCUAUGAAAGUACGGCAGCUUCCACGGCACAUUUCGGCACCAGACCUGCAAAAGGUUAUAGCGUCGCAUCAGGCCGUCCUGCGGUGUGCCAAAACGCUCCAGCAAGCCCUCAGCCUCUCGUUGCUGUUUCAACUCGCUUUCUGUAGUGCCAUCUGGGUGCUAAUGCUGUUUUACAUAUUGCUGAUGGUUCGCAACGGUUAUGGAUUUGACUCGAGGAUUCUUAACCUAGUGCUGCUGCUGAUGAUCGUAACCUCGGAAACCUACGUGUAUUGCAUCCUCGGCACGAAUCUAACAGAACAGAGUGACGAAGUAGUAAACGCCCUGCAGGAGCUGGCAUGGUACGAGCAGCCCGUAUCGAUCCAGAAGCAACUGCUGCUAAUGAUACGGCGCUCCCAGGAACCCACAGUACUAACGGCCGGCAAGCUCAUCCCCGUCAACAUUGCUCAGUUCAGUGCGAUGGUACAGAAGUCUUACUCGUUCUACUUGGUGCUAAAAGAUUUAUUCUAA